CUUCAUUUGUGGUGGUUGGAUCAGAACCUCUGGGUUGGAGUAAUCCGUUUGAAUAACCAAGUAUCUAGCGUUAGCUGCUGAACUUUGUACCCCCCUGUCAUGGCAGUAGCUUUUAACUUACUUGCACCGUGGCGUUUUGUCAGGUUUGCCAGGACUGUCCAGAUCUCUCAGCUACCCAGUCUGAAGCUCCACACCACAUCAGCCAUGUCAGCCACAGUAGAACAGUUCAACCUGGCCAAGAACGAGAUGGGCACCCUGAAAGAGGACCCAGGGAACCAGGUCAAACUGCAGAUCUACGCUCUCUUCAAACAGGCAACUCAGGGACCCUGUAACACCCCUAAACCAGGAAUGUUAGACUUUGUUAACAAGGUCAAAUGGGAUGCCUGGAAGGCUCUAGGAUCCAUUUCAGCGGAAGAAGCCAGGAAGCAGUACGUGGAUCUGAUUGGCUCACUGGUGGCAGCCGAGGCGCCUGCCGGGGUUGCCGCACAGCCUGCUGGGAGCUCGGUGACCUUCAACACGUUGCUUGUCUCCAUCCAGGACGGCGUCACCACCAUCCAACUCAACAGACCAGAGAAGAAGAACGCCAUCACUGUAGAGAUGUAUAAUGAGCAGAUCAAGGCCCUGGAACAGGCAGGCAAAGAUGAUUCUGUCCUCACAGUCAUCACAGGAAGUGGAGACUACUUCUGCAGUGGAAACGACCUGUCUAACUUCACCAAAAUCCCAGCUGGAGGCAUGGAGCAGAUGGCUAAAGAUGCUGGAGAAUUGCUCAGGUCAUACGUGAGGGCCUACAUUGACUUCCCCAAGCCCCUGAUAGCUGUGAUCAACGGACCGGCAGUGGGCGUGUCGGUCACGUUACUGGGGCUGUUCGAUAUCGUCUACGCCACAGAGAGGGCCACCUUCCACACCCCGUUUAGCCAGCUGGGACAGAGUCCAGAGGGCUGCUCCUCCUAUACUUUCCCCAAGAUAAUGGGAGUUGCCAAGGCCAGUGAAAUGCUGCUAUUCAAUAAGAAGCUGUCAGCCCACCAAGCUUGUGUCCAGGGCCUGGUCACUGAGGUGUUCCCUGACAGCAGCUUCAACAGCGAGGUCUGGACCAGGAUCAAGGCCUACGCCAAGCUGCCCAGAAACUCUCUGGCCCUGUCCAAGCAGCUGAUUCGUCAGACGGAGAAGGAGAGACUCUACGACGUCAACAACCAGGAAGUGGAGCGUCUGGUGGAGCGGUGGCUGUCUGACGAGUGCAUGCAGGCCAUCAUGAGCUUCUUCCAGGCCAAGGCCAAGCUCUGAGAACCGGCCACACAGCCAGCCUGACCAACAACCAGCCUGCAAACAGUCCGUCAGCUGUCUAGCUCAGACCUGGAGUGAAUGUCAACAGUCUGUCCUUGAUGUCUCGGGUCCUCUUUCCUUGAUUCCUUCCCCUAAAAAGCCUUUUUACAUAGUUCUUUCUUUUCUGGCCAUGCAGUGAAGGAGAUGGAAACUAAGGACACAAGGGAAAAUGGAUAGACCGUUGAGAUGCACCCCUGAAUAAACAGUUUAUCCAUCCGUCCCAUAUGAACUCACCCACCUGCGACUCCCUUACUCCUACAUCCUACCCCCUAAUCCCUACUUCCUACUCCCUCCCUCCUACGGUAAAUGACCACUAGCAUAUCGCCUAACACAUCGCAGGUUCCAAUCAAGUGACAAAUGCCUUUUUUUCUACUACAUUUCUUAGAUAUCUUGUGAAUGAAUGUAGUAUGAAUACUUUCCAGCUACCACACAUUUUGCUGUGGUGUAGAACUGUAAAGAAACGGGGCAUUUUGUUAUCAGUUUUAACAGUUUGUUAAUGUUUUCCUAGGCUCUGUGAAACGUGUGUGUGACGUGCACAGUGCCUGAAGGGGAGGCGACGAGAGGUGUGUUCAGUAAAGUACAGAUGAACAGUG